AUGCUUCUCGGACCAUCGAUCCGUCGAACGACGAGUCAUCCGCGGACCAAAGUGGUAGCCCGGCUCACCAAUCUCCUUCUGCAGUUUUCGAUUGCCACAGGCACACAGAAACUCCGGAGGGUGCUCCUGGCACUGAUACUGCUGCUGGCCUGGAUAGGGCUCUAUGGCGACCUUCUGGGAGCCGGUCUUACAGCGAAGGCCCUGAGACCCAUCGCGGUUGAGUCCGACAUGCUCUUCGCGAAAGUGGGCUUUCGGAUUUGCUUGGCCGUGGCGAGCCUUCUCGUGCUGGAGAGCUUCCUCAUCCUCGUGUAUGGAACCGUCGUCUACGGCUUCGUUUUCUUGCAUCAGAAGGCCUUUGUGCUUGGCUUGAUGUCCUCCGUCGCGAUCAUUACAGUGUUGCUGCUGGCUCGGUACUCCACCCACCACGCCUACCUGAUCUAUGCAGUGCCCGUUUGUGCAGCGGGCCGGCUCCUGCUGAUUCCGGUCAUCCGAGCAGAGCGGGAGAAGUUCACGCGCGUGGCGGACAGAGCGCGGGACCAACGCAUUUCUCUUCACACGAUCGUGGACGCCAUCAACGAGUCACCCGAGCGUGUGCUCAACGUAAAGCAGCGCGACCGGCUGCUGCGUCUCGCAGAGCACCAGGACUCGAACCAGAGCCGCGGUUUCUGGGGCGAGGCGGAUGUCAGUCGCUUCUUGCGGGAUGCCUCUGCCGUGCUCUCGGAGCACUCUGGAGCUGCUGGCACAGCAUCACUGCUUAGCGGAGUCGUGGCUCGCAUUGGCGGCAUGAGCACCCUGAACAAUUACGGUAUUUUUGCUACGUUCAGCAGUGGCUGCUACUACCUGUUGACGAGCGAUCCAGUGAAUUGUUUCUUAUUCGCGCUGGCUUGCUUCCUCGACGGCCUUAUCGGCCCUCUGCAGGCACUUCUCAUUUCUCUCCUGACCAGCGCGAUCAUGGAGCACGAUGAA